AUGUCUAAUAGUCCUAAAAUUAUUGCUUCAAGAGUAUCACAACAAGAUGCUAAAAUUCUUGAUAAAGUUGUUGUAGAAAUGUUUAUGGAAUCAUUAAAAAAAUUUUGUAACAUUGAUGCAAACUAUAUAUACCAAUUACAAAAACAUGAAGAUGAAGCAAAAUUAUCAAUAAAUUCUUUACUGUGGAUUUAUCGAAUAAUAAAUAAACAAACACCAGGGCAAAAAAUAUUAGGACUUACAUAUUCGAAACAUGGAUUAAUACGAUUAAUUCUUCAUUAUAUUUUAGAUACAUUAUUACCUUAUUUAAAAAAGUAUUUUUCAAAAAAUAUUCAAUUUCAGUAUGAUGCCCUUUGUGGUAUUAUUGAACUUCUACAACAAUUUAAUUUUCUUUGCUUUGGAAAAUACAAUACAUUUUCAGAGUUUAUUCUUAACAUUUAUUCAGAAACAUCAGUUAAACCAAUUAUGGAUGGUGGAAAUGAUAUUGAACUUAAAAAAGAAUUAUUAUUUCAUUUAUUUAAAGACUUAAUAUUGGUUGUUACACCAAUUUUGCAGGGGCUAAAAACAAUUAAUUGGAAAAAAAUAUUUUUUAAAAAAACAUCAAAUCAAUUUUUGGAAAAUGAAAUAAUAGAAAGUCAUAAUGUAGCAUUUGUUCCUAUUAUAUGUACUUCAUGUAACAUGCCCGCCAUCUUUCCAGUUCGUAAUAAAUUAAAUGUACCAAAUGCAUGUUAUCACUAUUUUUGUUACUAUUGCUAUGAUCCAUGCAUUAGAUGCCCAAAAUGUGAUUUAGAAUUGCCAAAAGAUGGUGAAAGUUUUGUUUUUUAA